UCCUCUCUACUCCCACUUACAAGCCCCUACUGUGAAAUGGAGAAGUACUGCCUGGACUCUGUUUCCAACAUCUCAGAACAGCACGGCAUGUUCUGUAACAUCACAUUGCUAAACGUCACAGGAAAUGACUCUGGGACCAAAUCCAUCGAGGACCUCCUACUGGAAUUUCUAGGGCCGAAACGCUCUCCCGUCUUCCUCCCUAUCACCCUGGUUUACCUGCUCAUCUUCUUUUUUGGUGUGUCUGGCAACCUUCUCACAUGCGCAGUGAUAUCCAAACACAAGAAGAUGCGUACCACCACCAACCUGUACCUGUUCAGCCUGGCUGUGUCGGACCUCCUGGUGCUCCUCUUUGGGAUGCCCCUGGAGAUCUACGACAUGUGGCAGAACUACCCCUUCCCUUUCAGCGAGGGAGUCUGCUACUUCAAGAUCUUCCUCCUUGAGACCGUCUGCUUCGCUUCCAUCCUAAAUGUGACAGUGCUGAGUGCGGAGAGGUACAUCGCCGUGGUCCAUCCACUAAAAAUACGCUAUGUCUCCACCAACAAGCAUGCCAAGCAUGUCAUCAGUGCCGUAUGGGUGGUGUCCCUGGUCUGUGCCAUCCCCAACACCUCCCUGCAUGGCAUCUACUACUUGAAUCUCCCGGAGAAGGUGGCAGAGUCAGCCAUAUGCAGUUUGAUAGGGGCCCCGUGGAUCUAUAACCUGGUGAUCCUGAUCACCACUGCGUGCUUCUACAUUGUGCCCAUGACGGUGAUGAGCGGUCUGUACCUGGUGAUGGGCAUCCAGCUGGGCAGGGAGCGACACCUUUCCCAGGGAAUGAUGAGGAAGAACUGUAGCACCAACUCCAACUGGAGAAUACACGUAGAGCGAGGGCGUAGGAGACAAGCCACCAAGAUGCUUGCUGUGGUCGUGCUGGUGUUUUCCAUCUGCUGGGCUCCUUUCCAUAUCGACCGGCUCUUGUGGAGCUGCAUCAUGCAGUGGUCUGUCUGGACAGACCUCAACCAAACUGUGUACCAGUGUGUGCACCUCCUUUCCGGCAUCCUCUUCUACCUCAGCUCUGCAGUCAACCCCGUUAUCUACAACAUGCUCUCCACACGCUUUCGGGAAUGCUUCUGGGAUCUUAUCUGCACACAUACGAAAGACACCGCCUCUAGAAAAGACUGCCCACCCUUCGCCAAAAUCCUGCUGGUUCCCUCUGGCCCAGUUCCUAAAUCCCAGGCCAGUCCCAGGGACCAGAACUCCCUCACCCCCCUGUUAUCUCCAUUUGGGACUGGGAGCAUAGAGAUCACAACACUGACAUGUGAACAUUCCUGUGUGGUAGACUCUGACUUCACUGCUACUGCUUUUUAAUCAUAUUUAAUAUUUAAUGUGGUAGUAGAUAUGAUGCCCUCUGUCAGGCUGUGGAUUUGACUAAUGAGCAGAUGAUGCAUUGUGCACAGCUGGAUGAUCAUUAUUUCAUGAGGUGAUCUGUGGACUCAAUUGUGAUCUGUUAUUAAAGCAACAUAAAUCCUCAUAGCAGACAGAUGUAUCCGAAAACAACUGAUUUAGGGGUAUGUAAAUGAGAGACUUGGUUGCACUUGAUAAUUCACUCUGGUGAUUGAUUAUCAAAUAUGAUUGGUCUUCUCAUAUUGAUCUGUGUGAUAUAUGGACUAUGUGAACUGCAGUUACAGUAUUUAUCAUCCUUGUGUUUCAUAACCACCUAUUCCAACCCGUAAUUUAUUGAGUGUAUGUCAAAACUUCUCCAUUUCUCCUGGUCAAAGACAUUGAAUGUACGUAUGUAGCACUGCUGUCCUUUGACCUAGACAUUUUAUGUAAAUAUACUGUAAAUCAAUUCAUAAUUAUUGCCUUUCUAUGAAAACAGCAAAACAUGAAUGAAUUGCUUGAUGAGUAUUUCAUGAAUUGUUUACAAUGUCUGCAACAGAAUGUGUAUUACAUUGAGAAUGUAUCGUAUGAGUCUCUUGGAGACCCUAACAACAACAACAGCAACAACAACGGUAGUCUGUUCGACCAUCAAUGUGUAAGUGGCAGUAGUAUAAUGGGAACCACGAUGAGGCUUCUACAAAAGUUGAUCCUGAUUUCACAGCAAGUUGUUCCUGAUUUCCCUGCCGCCCCACAUCUGGGCCAAGACUGUAUUCUUGUAGAGUGUCAAUGAUGCAGAGAAUCCAUCAUAAGAGACAAUUACAGCACUUAGACCAUUUGAUUAAAGAUUCCUAGAAGCC